AUGGACAGCUGGAUGUGGGGUGCCUGCAUCCUCUGCCUGCUGAGCCCAUUAGGAGUCGUUCUGGGCCACGUGCACCCAGAAUGUGGCUUCAUCGCCCAACUGAGAGAAGAUGAGAGGGCCUGUCUAGAGGCAGCAGAGGGGACGCCCAACACCUCCCUGAGCUGCCCUAGGACCUGGGACGGGCUGCUGUGCUGGCCGGUGGCAGGCUCUGGCGAGUGGGUCACCCUCCCCUGCCCUGCUUUCUUCUCUCACUUCAGCUCAGAGCCCGGGGCUGUGAAUCGGGACUGCACCAUCACCGGCUGGUCAGAUCCCUUCCCACCGUACCCCGUGGCCUGCCCAGUGCCCUUGGAGCUGCUGGAUGAAGAGAAAUCUUACUUCUCUACAGUGAAGAUCAUCUACACCACGGGCCACAGCAUCUCUGUUAUCGCCCUCUGCCUGGCCAUUGCCAUCCUGGUUGCUCUCAGGAAGCUCCACUGUCCCCGGAAUUACAUCCACACCCAGCUGUUUGCCACCUUUAUCCUCAAGGCGGGAGCAGUGUUCCUGAAGGAUGCCACCCUCUUCCACAGUGACGACACCGACUACUGCAGCUUCUCCACGGUCCUGUGCAAGAUCUCUGUGGCCACCUCUCACUUUGCCACGAUGACCAACUUCAGCUGGCUGCUGGCCGAAGCCGUCUACCUGAGCUGCCUCUUGGCCUCUGCCUCUCCCAGCUCAAGGACAGCCUUCUGGUGGCUGGUCCUUGCUGGCUGGGGGCUUCCCAUGCUCUGCACUGGCACCUGGGUGGGCUGCAAGUUGGCCUUCGAGGACAUUGCGUGCUGGGACCUAGACGACAGCUCCCCCUACUGGUGGAUCAUCAAAGGGCCCAUCAUCCUCUCUGUUGGGGUGAAUUUUGGGCUUUUUCUCAAUAUUAUCCGCAUCCUGCUGAGGAAACUGGAGCCAGCUCAGGGGAGCCCCCACACCCAGUCUCAAUAUUGGCGCCUCUCCAAGUCGACGCUUCUCCUCAUCCCGCUGUUCGGAAUUCACUACAUCAUCUUUAACUUCCUGCCCGACGAUGCUGGCCUGGGCAUCCGCCUCCCCCUCGAGCUGGGACUGGGGUCCUUCCAGGGAUUUAUUGUUGCCAUCCUCUACUGCUUCCUCAACCAAGAGGUGAGGACUGAGAUCUCACGGAAGUGGCAUGGCCAUGACCCUGAACUGCUACCAGCCCGGAGGACCUGUGCUAACUGGGCGAUGCCUUCCCGCUCAGGGGCGAAGGUGCUGACGUCUAUGUGCUAGGUGGGCCACAUCGUGCCUGGAGUCCAUCCCUGAACUGGGGCAGCUACUCACCAGCCUUUGGAGGAGCAAG